UGUGAUUGACAGGCGCUGCUUACUAUUCUCUCAGCUGGCUGUUACUGUGUUUUCCCCCCUGCUCGUCUCCCCCUUUGCGUUGCAGCCCAGUGGUGCGUUCUGCUAAAGAGGCAGAGAAAGAGAGAAAAUAAAGCAAGGAUUGCUAAGGAGAAGCAUCGCCAAUGCGGAAAUACAUGGACAUCACAUGUCCCUCUGAGUUCAUUUUUGUCCAAAGAUCUGGAAGCAUCGGAGGCUGCAGAAAGCUUGCAAUCAAAGACAUUGACUUUCCAAUCUAUUCUUUUUAGAGAGGUUUGCUUUGCAUUGCUUGGAUAAACAAAGACUGGCUGCCUUUUGGGUGCUAAUUGCAGAGGGAUCCGAUCUGCUCUUCAUUGUCAUCAAUAAUCACCCCCUUAUCUUUCCCUUCCCCCUCCCAUCCCUUUCUCUUCCCCUUUCCCUUUCCUUUCUCUCCCCCCUCCCCUAGACCCCUCCCCUCCCCAUCUCUCCAUCAUCAUGGAUGUUCUGGCGAAUUACAGUAUAUUCCAGGAGCUGCAACUUGUCCACGACACUGGUUAUUUCUCUUCGCAGCCUUCUUUAGAAGAAAACUGGCAGCAGACAUGCCUGGAGUUGGAGCGGUACCUCCAGACUGAACCCAAGAAGCUGUCGGACCCCUUGCUGGAGUGUGUGCUGAGCGCUACCUCUGCUGUCAGCGGCGAGGGGGACCUACCGGACUCUCUCCAGCCCCUCGUGCUGAGGAAGCAACUGGACAGGAGUCACCUGCCUUCCACCCCCACCUCGCCGCACAAGCUCCUGCCGGAGGCCCCCUUCGCCCUGCAGACAACCGCGGAGCCACUCACCGAGUCGCCGGCGCUGGUCAACCCGGCCCAGCUCAAUGCCGUCACGUCGCUGACGCCCCCCUCCUCGCCCGAGCUGGGCAGGCACCUGACCAAGCCGCCUCACCCCACGGCCAGCGCCGAUGACGCCGGGGUGGUGAAGGUGGUCCCGAGGAAGGCGGGCCUCAGCCUGGUCAAGGCCUUGGCCAAGGGUGGACAGGGUGACCUGGAGGUGUCUGGCGACAACAAGAAGAGGGUGCACCGCUGCCAGUUUAACGACUGUCGGAAAGUUUACACCAAGAGCUCUCACUUGAAGGCCCACCAGAGGACGCACACAGGUGAGAAGCCCUACAAGUGCUCUUGGGAAGGCUGUGAGUGGAGGUUUGCACGCAGUGAUGAGCUGACUCGACACUAUCGGAAGCACACGGGAGCCAAGCCCUUCAAAUGCAACCACUGCGACAGGUGCUUCUCCCGAUCGGAUCACCUGGCCCUUCACAUGAAGCGACACGUCUGAGCGGAGGGAGCCCACAGGAUACCAUGGCAUGACUGUUAACGGGGGAAGGACCUCUAUGCGAAGAGCACAGACAUGUGGUUGCCUUAUUGCCAUGUUACCAUGAGCAUGUGCGCGUGUGCACGCUCUUCAUCUCCAGAUGCAAACAACACACACUCUCUAUCUCUUGGCCUUGCCUUACCCAGUCGAUUAGACACUGCCAAACAACUGCUGACUUAAUUGCAUUUGGAUUUCUGUUGCCAUGGAAACCAAAGGGGAUUACAAACUUGACACCACUUUCCAAGCCUUUGCAGUGCGAGUGUGUAUAUCACCCGGCCUUCUAACUGUUGAUUCCAACACACCCUGUUCUGCUCCAGAUACAAAUCAAAACAAUGGCAGGCCUCUGAAGACUGAUUGGCAGGCAUUUCAGGAGGAAUCGGUGGUUGGGGGGGGUGGGGUGGGGGGGGAGGGGAUCAGCAUCAUGUGACCGUGGUGCCGACUGGACCCUAGCCGAUGCCAGCCUCUUGUGGAUGAAUUCAUAGCUGUCGGAACCGGGAUGGAAUGGGACUCUGGAGACUAUCCACCUGCACCCCAAAGGGAGAGGGACAUUUUCGCAGUGAAAUUUGGAUGUGGUGACCAAAGGUGGUUGCUGGGCCUUGCCCGCUCUUUCCUGCCCCUCUUUCACCGCACUGAGCCAGCCGCGCCUUCCCAAGUACACCACCUCAAAGCCUGGAAGGAUGAGUUGACAGACAGCUGGCUUGGGCCAAUCCGAUGGUUGGUGGCGAGGGGAGGGUUUGCUGAAACACUCGUGGCAAUGCUUGAUUGACCUUGUGGAUUUGGGGGCACAUUGUCAUGGUAACGAAAAAGGAUAUUGCCCCCAUCUCCCCACACCCACUCCCCACUCCCUUCCCUUUCAGUAGCCUAGCACUCCUUCCCCUGUAAUACUCCAGGUCUUGGUUAAAGUGUCAACUAGUCUCCUUCCUCUGGCCUCUUGCCCGCUCUGGGAGGAAGCGUGGUUGCCGACUCAGUUGCCAAUGGUAACCUCCCUGGUACCCCACCUUCAACUGCCUGCCUUGCCCAUUUUCGGUGCGCAGUUUGAGGUCGCCCAGGCAAACCAAAGAUUGGGGUAGCCAUUCAGCACUGAAGAGCACCAGCCCUUUAUCCCAAACCCAUCUCCAAAGGCCUCCCCAAUUCGUUUACUGAUCCAGCUACUGAGUUUUGUGGCAUUGCUGGAACAAGGGGCACGUUGGCACCUGCUGCCCCGGCCCUGUUAGUGCAGAAGGGAGCACAGUGACUCCCUGCACCUUUCCACGGCUUGGCUUCCAAUGACCUUAGUCACAAGGCACCUGGUAAUGGUAUAGCCUUUUUGGAAUUGAGGUUGGGGGGGGAGGUGAUAGUGUGCGGCGAUCCACAUGGGAUAGGGACGGGAACAGCCUAGCACGGAGCUCAAAAUUCCAGCCUACAGCAGGGAAGGUAUUGGCCACUGGCUUGUCAGAACCUUUCGAAAGCUCUUGGUCAGUCCAGCCCAACUUCCCCAACCGCUGCAGCAGGUGGAGGAGAGAAUUCCAUGGGUAAGCAUCCUCCCUUCCAGUUAAUGGGCUGUGUGGAGCUGUGGAACAAGUGAAGGAUUGUUGAGGACGUGUAUCAAACUUGUGCAAUGUAACAGGAAAGCCUUUUCUAUCCUUGGCUCUCUCUGGCCUCCUACAUCCAGGCUUCCAGAGAAAAUUCUUGUUGAUCGCUGUGUCCUUCAUUCAAAGCUCCUGAAAGUAAGCCAAUAGACUAGAGCAACACGAUGGGGUACGGGCACUUUACCACAGCGGGAUUCUCCUCGACUCGGCUCGGUCACGGUAGUGAAAGCCCGCAGUGGCCACGACUCACUGGGCUUUGUGCCUUACCUAGCUCCUGGCCCCAGAAUGCUGCCUCUCGUCCUCGUAGGUGCCAAUCUGCCCCAGCACAAGGCCUUAGUUUGGUCCCCUUGCUGCUCUUCGGCUGGUCUCGACCGUUCUCGGCGCAGCCGGCUGCUCAUGGUGCUGGUCAGUCAGGGACGCACACCUUGAGAAUGCCAGCCUGAUCUACCCUCUCUGAUUCUUCCUAACCUACCCCAUUCACAGUGGCUUUAUUUGUUAUGGGUGGUCUGGGAGGGGUGGGGGACUCUUUCAAUGUACACUGAGGGGAGGGGAGAAAUAAAUAAACAACACAGGCAAUGUCUUAUUUUAAUUUACACUUUAUUCGCCCUUUGGAGGCCUGGAGCAUGCUGAAUAAGUCCAAACAGGUCAGUUUAAUUUGGUUUGAAGUGAUCACAGAACAAGAAUUCCUGGAUAUUUUCAGCAGCCCAAAAAUCCAAACUCCAGUGUUUAUUAUAUUGUGUGGAUUGAAUAUUUAUUGAUUCCUCUCUCUCCCUCAAUUUGUCUAUAAGACUUAUUCUGUUUCUUUUCCCUCUCUGCUCUGUUCUGCCAAAAUGUUACCCAAGAUGUCUCUUGCAUGGGGUGGAAGUUGUCCUCACACUGACUGCUAGGCCUUUGUUGGAGGUGGUCUACAGCCAUGCAAGGUGGGCUUGGUCUGCCCGCUGUACAGCCCUCAGUCCCAGCCCACUCAAGCCCCCUCCCUCUUGUACCAGGGUGUGAGCCAUUUUUUUCUCUUUUGGACGACAGCUCAUCCCAUGGAUCGGAUGAAUUGGCAGACCAUUAAUUCAAGAUUUUGAUUGGAGAUCUUUGAUAUCCAAAAGUCAUUCCAAAUGGGCAGAGCUGCAACUUUAAAAUGCCCAGUCGGAGCAAUCUGAUUACAGUUGCUUAAGUGGUGAUUGGUGAUGUUUCUUUUCCAUGCGUUGCCAGUCACCCGAAUUUACAUAAAUUCUGACCACAUUGCUCAUUAGUGUCCCUGCAUCUUGCUGAUAGAAAUGGGAAUUUGGAGCUGGUGCGGGGGGUGGGGGGCACUGUUGUUGAGUGGUGCUCUCCAAGCUGAGUGGUACUCCCAGGGCCUAGCCUUUGGUGAACUGCGUCUCAAUUUUUCCAGCAGCUUUUUUGUUCCUCGGGGUGAGUGACAGUCAGGGCCUUUACAUACUGUCACAUCAUCCUGGCCUUCCUGGUUCCAAAAAUGUCAAUUGUGCCAGAAUGUUCUCCACCUUGUUUCAAGCCGUCUGUUACUGCCAGAACUUCCCUGUCCUUCAGUCGAUGACUCCCAAGUGCUGUUGCUUGGCUGUUGAUAAUACUUAACCUUGCAGUGAAGCCAAGUAUUGAUCUAGCAUGGUUGGAGGAGGGGAUUGGUUCAACCCAUCGAUUCCCACCCAUCCCCACAGCAGACCCAGCCCCUCCUGAGGGCACUUGGGCUACGGCCUGCCCUCUAUUGCAGCCUACAGAAAAUGCAGCAGUGUUUUCUCAAGGCCCUGCGGCAUUUGACCGGCCAGUCCCAGUCACACAAAGUUCUGCCCUCGACUGCUCUUCACGACACAGCGACGGAUGCUGGUCGUGCAGAAGGCCCAAGGUACCAGAAUGCCCUCUGCUGCAUCACCGUUGCUGGCACAUUCCCCUCUCUCCCCCGCCCCCCCCACCUCUGUUACUUGGCAUCGCAGCAGGAACUCGCCUCCAGGUGGGGCCCCGGGCGGUAAAGCUAUGAGGCGGGUGCAUUCUGGCCCACUGAUCCCGAGGGCUAGCAUUCUCCUGGUGAUUGGCUUCCAGAAAACAAAGUUGGAGCUUGGCCAUUGGUGCUGACCUCUGGCCCCCAGCUGGCAUCCUGCACCUGUUGUCAGGUGACCACCAAACGUGCCGCUUCUGCCAUUGGUCGACUGACUGGCCCAUCCUUACUGCGCUGGCUAGUUAGUAGAUGGGCACUGGUUUCUAGAACGGGCUGGGCUAUCCCUUGCCUCUGUUGAGCAUCCAAGCCAGCUCUCAUUUAUUAACCAAUAUCGUGCAAUGAAGAAUUCCAAAGAAAGUUACUUUUUUUAAUACCCCUAUGACUUUUCUCCCAGAUAUUUGCAUGCAACAGCUUCCUUUUCCUGUGGACUUCUCCCAGGGCAAGGCUCCAGUUCCAGCAGUGGGGAAGGGCACCUCUUCCCUGGUAUUGGAGGUCAGGGUGGGCAGCAAGUGGCAAGUGAGGGCAUUGCCCUCUUUUUUUUUCCCCCUCUGAGUCCGGUAGCCCAGCCCACCUGCAGUGUAACACAAAGAUGGGAGAGUGUCCUACAUCAGACGCUGGCCCGGGGCAAGUGUAAACCUUGAUUAAGUAUAAUGUUCAAAAUAGCAAGCUUGUUAAUUGAGAGCAACUAUUAUAUUCAUGUGUAAACACCGAUCUACACCUCGUGUCUCUGCCCUCUCAAGUUUCCUGCCUUUCAACUAUAACAACAAAGCGUAGUAUGUACUCUGUUGUAUCCAAGGAGACGUUAUUGGAAUUGUCAACCAAGCUUCAGAUGAAAACGUGUCUCCUGUGUUUUGGUGCAUAAUCCCUGAAGGCCAAUAUAAGGUUCUACGUUAUCAUUGAGGGAUCAAAUAUAACCAUGUCUUUCAGCUGUUUGAUUGUGUUUUUAUUAUUGGUAUAGGAUUAGGGUCAGUUCUAUACAGGGUACAUACUCCACUCUGACUCCUGCUCCUGUAUGCUAUCUGUUUCUCUGUCCUGUUACUUUGAGUUAGGUUAUUUAUUUUGUUUUGUGCGUGUAUGUGCUUGCAUCAGAAGGUUGGGGCAUUAGUUUGGAGAUCUAGUCACCUGCAAAUUUGGCAAAAUGGCUUCGUCGUGGAGCAAAUCUAUCUUCAGAAGCAUGGUUGAGUGUGCACGUGUGUGUAGAGUAUGGUUCUUUUCCCGUGUGCUGCCCGCACCAGCACCCGAGGGGAUUAAUCUUCAGUUCCUGGAAAAUCUAGGGCAGUGCCAGAGUAAUUCGGAGGAAAUUGGAGGUGUAGAGCUCUUCGUAUGUCUGUCAUGCCUGCCCCCACCUGUUUCCUUGGUAACCAUAUCGCACUCUCCACAUACAGCAGCUGAAAUACUUAGGAAGGCCGUUCGUCAGGGGUGGGGUGCUGGUGGGUGUGGAGAGAGGGGGUGUUACAAUUGUAAUAUUCACUGUCUGGGAUUCUCCUAAUGACAGGGGAUCCUGUACCAUUCCAGGAGACUUCUCAAGUGCCAGCACACAAUUGCUAAAUCCACCCUCCUUCACCUCCACCCACCACACCCAACAUGAUGUUCUCGGUAUUAUGUUUUUGGAUAUGUGCAUAUUCAGUGGUGACAUACUGGACCUCAAAUGUAAAAGAGCUAAGUGUAAAAAAAAUCUUGUUAGGACAAGGUGAUGUGUAGAGUGGAUUAAAGGGGACGUAUAUUUGGGAAUCCAUGUCGGAAUCGAGAGGGUGUAAAUGAUUGGAUAUUGAAUGAGGAAGAUGCCAUUACUCAGGCCAUCUCAGAGUUCCACAUACCCGCCCCUGAAGAUUUUCUUUUCUGUUUAAUUUCUUUUUGUUCCUUCUUUUAUUUCUUUUUGUUUUGUUCUUUUCUGUUCCACUGUUUGUCAGUUUUACUGUACAAAGAGUCUUACGAAAAACUAUUCUUUGUAUUAUAUGAUGGUAGUACGUUAAUGUUACAAAAUUAUUAACAGAAGAAAAAUUUAUUUUUGUUACUGGUCUGUUUCCUAAUUCUUUUUUAAAUUGGUAUUGUAAGAUAUCUAUGCAAAAUUUGUUAUGUGGAGCAUUUUUAUUUAAGAAUGUAAUAUGUGUAGAAUACAGUAGAAUAUGCUCGGCCUGAAAUAUAUGGCUUGUGUCCUUUUUUUAUUUUGAUGUGUGCAAUUUAUGAACACGUAAUUAAAAAAAUGCAAACAAUAUACAAUGUCUGUUGGUUCUUUCCCUAACUUUGUUUUGCACUAUUUUAAUUUAACUAUUUAAUAUAUAUACUUACUGUAAUUGAUUUAUUUUUUUCUAUAUUAUAAUGUAUUGCAUUGUACUGCUGCUGCUAAGUUUAACAAAUUUCACGACAUAUGCUGGUGAUAAUAAACCUG